AUGUCACGAUCACGACUCCCUGUCCUCUUCGUGCUCGCCGCCUCGCUCGUCGUGCUGGCGUCGGGCCAGCCUCGUCCGGUGGUCGUUCCGGUGACCAAGGACACCGCCACCUCCCUCUAUACCAUCCCCUUGUACGACGGUGCCAACCUCGUCGUCGACAUCUCCGGCCCGCUCCUGUGGUCGACGUGCCAGCGAGACCACCUGUCGGCGAAGUUCGCGUGCAAGAGCGACACCUGCAAGCUCGCCAACGCCUACCCCGUCCCCGGAUGCCCAACAGCCGGCUGCGGCGGCGAUCCACGCAAGGACAUGACGUGCACGACGUACCCGUACAACCCGAUCACGGGUUCGUGCGCCGCCGGGAACCUUGUCCACACGAGGUUCGUCGCCAACACCACCGACGGUAAGAACCCGGUGAACCAGGUGUCCGUGAGGGCCAUGUCGGCGUGCGGAACGACGAAAAAGCUCCUGGCGUCGCUGCCGCGUGGCGCCUCAGGAGUGGCUGGGAUGGCGGGCUCCGGCCUGGCGUUGCCGGCGCAGGUGGCGUCGUCGCAGAAGGUUGCCAAGAAGUUCCUCCUCUGCCUGCCAGCCGGUGGCGCCAACGGCGACGGCGUGGCCAUCUUCGGCGGUGGGCCGCUGUACCUGGAGUACACAGGGUCGGUGGAGUACACCUCGUCGCUGGAGCACACGCCGCUGGUCACCAGGAAGGACAGCCCCGCGUACUACGCUGGCGUCAAGUACAUCGCGCUGGAUAACUCCCGCGUGCCCCUCCCACCUCUCGCGCUCGCCACGGGCGGCGUGGUGCUCAGCACGACGGCGCCCUACACGGUGCUCCGCGCCGACGUGUACCGCCGGUUCCUGGCCGCGUUCCGCGAGGCCACGGCGGCGCAGUGGCAGUACGCGAAGAAGCCGCGCGAAGUGAAGGCCGUGGCGCCGUUCGGGGUGUGCUACGACGCGCGGACGCUGGCCAACACGCGGAUGGGGUUCAUGGUGCCGAGCGUGACGCUGGCGCUUGGCGGGGGGAAGAACUGGACGAUGACCGGCGUGAACUCGAUGGUGGCCGUGAAGCCAGGGAAUACGGUGUGCCUGGCCUUCGUGGAGAUGAAGGAGGUGAAGGCUGGGGACGGCAAGGCGCCGGCGGUGAUCGUUGGAGGGUUCCAGAUGGAAAACUUCGUGCUGCAGUUCGACCUGGAGAGGAAGCGGUUCGGGUUCCUCAGGCUGCCCUACUACGCGCAAUGCGGCCACUUCAAUUUCACUCGGAGCUCUUAG